GCUCCUGCUGCAUGUAAGGGACCAGGACAAGGGGAGGAAAUAGCCCGAUCCAUAAACAUCCUGGCAGCCUCCAAACCUAAUGCCAGAAGCCGUCCUACAACAGCCCUCCUACUCCCACAGUCAGAAAGCAAGAAGUCACAUCAAGCGCACAUCGGUGACAGCUAUUCAGCUAUUGGACUUUUAACUGUGUUAUACAGAUGGAUCUAUACAGAUGUGGCUUUGUUGUGUGGUUCAUUACUCAGCUCUCAGUUCCCUGUGACUCAUUUAACAUCGACACCAAGUGGCCAAAAAUCAUUAGGGGGUCGGCAGACGCACAGUUUGGAUACACAGUGCAACAACACGAGGCGAACGGACAGAAAUGGCUUCUGGUUGGUGCCCCAUGGGCUGGUGUUGGGAAGAAAAGGACAGGGGAUGUUUACCGGUGCCCAGUGAGAAACCAGACAAGCUAUGGAUGUGGGAAGCUGAAUCUGGGAAGAGUAUCCCUGCCUUUUGUAUCGGAACAUAAGGACAACAUGCAGCUUGGAAUGACUUUAACCAGCAAUGCUAAGGACCAUUCCUUUGUGACCUGCGGGCCGCUCUGGUCCCAUGAGUGCGGAAGCUCCUACUACAGCCCUGGGAUCUGCUGCAAAAUUAGCUCCAACUUCAAAAGUGCCCGGGCCUUCGCACCUGCCAUCCAGCGCUGUGAGACCUUUAUGGACAUUGUGAUCGUUUUAGAUGGCUCCAACAGUAUCUACCCUUGGUAUGAAGUCCAGAACUUCCUUAUAAAUAUUCUGAAGAAAUUUUACAUUGGACCUGGCCAGAUACGGCUGGCUAUUGUGCAGUACGGAGAGACAGCUGUGCACGAGUUUGAGCUGAGGGACUACAGGUCUGUUACUGAUGUUGUCAAGGCUGCCAGGAAUAUCGAACAGCGAGGAGGGACAGAAACCAACACAGCACAUGGCAUUGAAAUCGCACGGUCUGAGGCAUUCAGCAUCAGAAGGGGUGCAAGGAAGGAAGCCAAGAAGGUGAUGAUUGUCAUUACCGAUGGUGAAUCACACGACAGCCCACAUCUAAAGCAAGUGAUUGAGGACAGCGAGCGAGACAACAUCACCAGAUAUGCCAUUGCGGUGCUGGGCUAUUACAACAGGAGAGGUAUCAAUCCAAGUGACUUCCUAAAAGAGAUUAAAUCAAUAGCCAGCCAUCCAGCCGACAAACAUUUCUUCAAUGUCUCUGAUGAGGCAGCCCUGAAGGAUAUUGUGGAUGCACUCGGAGCACGCAUCUUCAGCUUGGAAGGCACUAACGUUCGGAAUGAAACAUCUUUUCAGUUGGAAAUGUCACAAGCAGGAUUCUCAACCCACUUUGUGGAGGAUGGGAUCCUUCUUGGAGCGGUAGGGGCCUAUGAUUGGACAGGUGCUGUUUUAAAACAAACCAGUCAUGGCCGAGUGAUCCCUCCCAAAGAUGCCUACAUGAAGGAAUUCCCGAAGGAGCUGAAGAACCAUGGGGCUUAUCUGGGCUACACCAUUACUUCAGUGAUGCCAAAAUCAGGUCGGAGUUGGUACGUAUCAGGUGCUCCCAGAUUCAACCACACCGGAAAAGUCAUAGUAUUCACAAUGAAAAAUGACGGCAGUGUCACCAUUCAGCAAUCCCUCAAGGGCCAACAGAUUGGAUCAUACUUUGGAAGCGAACUAACCCCAGUUGAUGUUGAUGAUGAUGGGGUGACUGAUGUUUUAUUGGUUGGUGCUCCUAUGUUUUUCAGCGAUGGUAGGGAAAAGGGUAAAAUCUACAUCUAUUCCCUCUGCAAGAGAAUUUUCAUGUUCAAUAGUUUUCUGGAAGUCUCUGACAAAUCCCAGAACUCCCGCUUUGGCUCUGCAAUCGCUGCUGUCCGUGAUCUCAACCAUGAUUCAUUCAAUGAUGUGGUGGUCGGGGCGCCCCUGGAGGAUGAUCAUCGUGGAGCAAUUUAUGUGUUUCAUGGAUACAAUAAAAAUAUCCUCAAGGAGUACAAACAGAGAAUUGGGGCCUCCGAAGUCAGCCACGGACUGCGGUAUUUCGGCCGCAGUAUCCAUGGACAGUUGGAUAUGAACAAUGAUGGCCUGGUGGAUCUGGCAGUGGGAGCACUCGGUAGUGCUGUUCAGUUAUGGUCCCGCAGUAUAAUCCAGGUGAAUGCCAGCAUGAGGUUCGAACCACAGAAAAUCAACAUUUUCAACAAGGACUGCAAGAGGAAUGGCAAAGAGUGCAGCUGCAUGUCUGUAUCUGUCUGUUUUACGGUCACAGCCAAGUCGCCUGGCCUUCAGAAUGACAGCUUGAUCAUAAGGUACAACGUCUCCAUUGAUGAACGCAGAUACACACCCAGGGCGCUGUUUGAUGACAACUUUGAGAAGUACAUUCACAGCAACAUCACCGUGGAACCUGAAUUAGAGACUUGUGAUCAAUUCUAUUUUCAUGUUCUGGACACACUGGAUUACGUGAGACCCAUUGGAUUUAUAUUGGACUUUGGCCUCUUGGAACCGGAAUACGGCCCAGUCCUGGAUGAUGGCUGGCCGACCACAACCAGGACCACACUCGAUUUCUGGAGUGAUUGUGGUGAAGAUGAACAUUGUGAUCCUGAUCUGGGGCUCCGAGCUCGUGCUGAUAUUUAUGGUUCCAGCCAAUUCCCCUUCACUGUUGAAAACAUAAGGAGGAGAAUCUCUGUGGAUGCCUGGCUGGAAAACAAGCGGGAGAAUGCGUAUGGUACUGUGCUCAAUGUCACCUUCUCCGGGAACCUGCAGUUUGCAACACUCAUACAGAAGGAUGACACAGAAGUGAAAAUCGAUUGCAACAAUUUAGCAAAAUGGCCGAACAGUAAAGUGUGCACUGUCGCAUACCCAGUGUUCAGGUCCCACUCCAAGGUGGCUUUUCGAUUGGAGUUCGAAUUCAGCCGUUUCAUCUACCUGGACAAUGUGGCAAUUAGCCUGACUGUCAGCAGUGACAGUGAGGAAGCAGAAGAAACACUUCAUGACAACACCUAUCAGCUUUAUGUUCCUGUGCGAUAUGAAGCAGAUAUCCUCCUCACAAGGGAUUCCAGUCCUGACCGCUAUGAUUUGAAAUCAGUGGAAGAGUUGGAGGCAAACGGAGAGUUCGAUCCUCCGUUUAAUUUCACAUUUAAGCUUCAGAAUCUGGGGCCAUUUACUGUUGGCCAUCUGCCGGUCAAAGUGACCAUCCCGACAUUAACCAAAGGGAACAAUCUCCUCCUGAUCCUGACCAAUAACUCCACCAUUCCGCAAGAUGGGAUCCAAUGUUCUUUAACCGGUCGCACAGCUCUGCACCAGUGGCUCCCUCCCAGAGGACAAAUUGCUACAGAGGAUCUGAGGACGUAUGAGAAACUGGAUGCCGACAACUCUCAAUUUAGUCUCCUGUCGUGUGACGUGAGGAAUUUUAAAACCAGUGAUGAAUACUCCAUUCACAUUUCUGGCAGACUCGUGACUGCUUCGCUGAUGGCACUCAGGUUUAAGUCUUUGCUACUCGUUACAACAGCAACACUGGACAUUUGGGAGCCCAGAGCAAUGUUUCUAAAAGAGGAGACAAGGAGCCGGGAGAUCACACUUCGUGUGACCAAGCAGUAUGAGUCUGAGGUCUCUAUCUGGAUUAUAAUUGGGAGUUUGUUAGGAGGCCUUCUCCUGUUUGCACUGCUCACUCUCGCUUUAUGGAAGAUCGGCUUUUUCCAAACUGCAUACCGGCGCAGGAAACAGGCCAUGGCCGCUGGGAAUGGAUCAAUCGAGCAGUCAUCGAAAAAAGGCAUAGAACAAUGAGAUCUCAGAAAUGUUAAACACGAGAAGGUGCAAACUCUCACAACUGGCACAACAGUAUACCAACACUGAGCAGUCACCGUGCGCACCUUCCUGUCUGUCAGGUCAUUGAUUUUCGCUUGUGGUGCCACAUACUUUCAUUCAUUCUCUCUAAAGGUGCAGCAAACUGCUAUAAAUCCCAGAAUAUAUUCCCCUCCGGCCCCGAACCAACACCCCCCCACCACAAUCGAAAAACCAUGUUUUAACAAGGGAAGCAACGUAGAUUACAUUUCUCUUGAACUUUCAUUGGCUGUGUGUGGGUGACUGUGCUAAACAUAAAAGAAAACACACUCAAACAGGCACAGUCACAGCAGGAAUGAGCCCCUUUUACAGCCAUCAGGAAUUAUACCUGCCCCUUUCAGCGCAAAUCCCUGAAGUAUUGUUCAGAAAAUACUGACUGCCUGUAAUCUUCGUCUAUUGGUUGCAAGUGUUAUGUUUAUAAGAAAGUGAGGAAUAAUUUGCACAGGAUUUAUGGAUUGUAGAUAUUUUUAAUUAAAUUAACCUCCCUGCGAUCCUUUGCUUAUCACAUACCUUCCUUCAGGUGUGAGAGAAGUGCUGUCUAUCCGAGUCUCAUAUCCCUCCUUCUCUUAACACAAUGGGAAGGUCCAAUGCUGAGGGAAAUGCCCAGUCUGGAUUUCUGUGUCCACAAUCUCAUUGUAGUCCCCUCCCCUGCCUCAUAACAAAGAGGAAGUUUAUCUAUUUAUCGAUCUGCUAAAACUAACCUAAGGUGAUUAUGUAACCAGUGAUGUCUUUCUCCACUGGUAAAUGUGCUUCCCUAGUUUUAUCAAACUUGACCUACAGAUGUGUGUGGUUUUCUAGGGAAGGGUGCCCUCUGAGCUGAGGCAGUUUGAGAGAUCAACACUCGUGGAAUUGCAGAGGUGAGAAAGAAUUAACACAAAGGCACCAAUCACAAGACUAAUCCUAUGGAUUGGUUGGACAUUGUGCAGCUGUUGGGUAAUGACUCAGUGUUUACAGCUCAGAAACUGGCCAUUCAGCCCAACCGGUCAAUGCCAGUGUUUAUGCUCCACCUGAGCUUCUGCUUACUUCUGACCUCCUCAAUGUAUCCUCUUCGACGUGGAGGUGCUGGUGUUGGACUGGGGUGGACAAGGUCAGAAGUCACACGACACCAGGUUAUAGUCCCAACAGGUUUAUUCGAAAUCACCAGCUUUCGGAAUGUUGCUGCUUUGUCAAGUGAUAACAGAGCAGCACUCCAAAAGCUUGUGAUUUCAAACAAACCUGUUGGGAGUACUAGUGAUAAUGGGAACUGC